UUAUUUAAAGAACCCAAACGUUCCUAAUCUGUCAACAACCUCCUCUAGUAAGUAGUAACACCAAAAAAAAAAAUGGAGGCCGCCUUAUGUUUCUUACUUGCCACUACCCUAGCAACAACUUCCCAAGCUUACCAAAGCCACCUCCUCCCACACUCCGGUGGUGGUGCCGCCACUUCUGCCGCCCACCGUCUCCACCACAACAAAAUUUCCUGCUCGAGCUGGCGUCUCGCUGUCGAAACCAACAACACUGUUGGGUGGGACAUCGUCCCGGGAGAAUGCGCAGAAUAUGUUGCUAACUACAUGCUUGGCCCUCAAUACCCAGAAGAUUGCUUUGCAGUGAUUUCUACUGCUUUGGCAUACGCCAAGAACCUCACACUAGCAGGAGAUGGCAAAGACAUUUGGGUGUUUGACCUUGAUGAAACUGCUCUCUCUGAAUUAGACUAUUAUUCUCUCCCUGAUGUUGCAUUUGGGGCAAAGGAAUAUAACUCGACAAAGAAGAAGGAGUAUCAGAAGAAAGGAACAACACCGGCAUUGCCGGCUGUUCUUGAACUCUACAAAGAAUUGGUGCCUCUGGGGUUUAAGAUUGUCUUCCUAUCAGCAUCAUCAGAAUCCAACAGAGAAUCUAGGGUUUCCAACUUGAAAAGAGUCGGUUACCAUACCUGGGAGAAGCUCAUACUCAAACAAACAUCAGAACAUGGUACAUCAUCGUUAAUGUACAAAUCUAAGAAAAGGACGGAGCUUGUUGAAGCGGGAUACAGAAUCAUGGGAAACAUGGGAGAUCAAUGGAGUGAUAUAUCGAGCUCCAACCCCGGCAACCGCACUUUCAAGCUGCCCAAUCCAAUGUAUUACGUCAAUUAAUAAUCAGGUAGCUUUGGGGCUAGCUAGCUAGCUAUCCCUUGUGUAUGUUUCAGGAGAAAAUAUAACUUGAGAAAUGCCCAAAAAAUAAAGUCUGUGGACUAAUAUAUAUAGCAUUGUUGUUUAAUUCCCACCCAAAUGCAUGUACUCGUUGAAGCGUUGUAUUAA